AUGGCUACCAAAGAUGCAGCAAAGGAGGCUGUGGUGGGAAUCGCGAAAGAGUACGGUUUCAUUCAGCCCAGUUCCCUUGAUGAGAUUGGUCGAAUUGACCCCGCGCUUCGACGCGAAGUCGAGGAGAGUAUGUUGGCUAAGGACAAGAAAAUCGGACACUCGAUCAUCACACUUGCCAAACACAUCUACAGCAGCAACGCACGUUUUGUCUUUGAGCUCCUCCAAAAUGCUGACGAUAACCAGUUCGGACGGGCGCUCGCAAGAAAUGAACUACCGUUUAUCGCCUUCCAUGCCUUCCCCGACAGAAUCAUCAUCGAGUGCAAUGAGGAUGGAUUUACGAAGGAGAAUCUUUCGGCGAUAUGCUCCGUAGGAGAGAGCACCAAAGCAGCAUCGCACGGCUACAUUGGAGCCAAGGGCAUUGGUUUCAAAUCGGUGUUUAUCGCGGCAUGGAAAGUUGAAAUACAAUCGGGAAAUUACACCUUUUACUUCAAGCAUGACAGGGAAGACCUCGGUCUUGGAAUGGUGCUCCCCGUGUGGCAGAAUGUCGGCGAUAGCGUACCUGAUUCGUUGACUCGUAUAACCUUACAUCUUCACCAGAACGGGGAUCCAGACGAGAUCCAACAUCUCCACCAAACAAUUUUCCGACAGUUAAAUGACCUGGAGGAGACAUGCCUCCUUUUCCUGAGGAAUCUUAAAGAGAUACAGGUGUCCUUCUAUGAUGGAGAUGGCGAAUUUCAUGAAUCUAAAAGGUUCUAUCUUGAGGGGGAUUCUUCAUGGAAGGUUUCCCUCAACAAGGAGUCUGUUGAGAAGGAUGGCAAGGAAUCUGUUCAGGUUCUUGACUACUAUGUCACUCGUUAUAUGGGAAACGGGCUCCCAAAGAGUGACAACCGUGAACUUCCCGCCACUGCAGAAGCGCAGCGAGUUUCUGCACAGGCCGAAACUGUUCUUGCGUUCCCGGUAACACAGGAUAAUUGUCCAAUAUUGGAACCUCAGUCUGUGUUUGCCUUUCUCCCUAUAAGGAAGACUACUUUCAAGUUCCUCAUUCAAUCCGACUUCGACACCAGUGCAAGUCGACAGGACAUCUCUCUGACAUCUAGACGUAACGCUCAUCUUCUCGAUCAUGUUGCUUCGGCCUUUCGCCAGGCCGUCUUGGAUUUCACGUCUGACAAGGACUUUUCAUACAAGUGGCCAGCGUACCUUCCAUCCUUAGAAGAAGCUGCCGGGACAUUCUGGGCCGACCUUCCUUCAAAGAUUCUUGCACAGCUUUCUGGACACGCCGUCAUACGUACUCGACACAAUAGGCUUCAACCAAUUACCGAUGUGGUGAUACCGACUCGCGAUUUCAAAGACAGCGAUGGAAACGUUUUGCUUGAUCACGUCGAUAUCGAUCCUUUCAUCUCGGACCACUAUUCAAGAAAAGAUAGAAAGUAUCUUACUCCUUAUGGCCUGAAAAGCAUGACAUUCGGGGUGAUUCUGAGGCUUCUUCGGGAAGACCUGAAGAGUCCACUGUCGCGGAUGAAAUCGAAGGGCUUAAGUGAUGAUAUUCAUAGCCGCAUGGCGAAGCUUCUGGCUCGAUUUCAUUCGUUUCAAAGUCUGCGGUCACUUGACCUGCUUCCCCUACAGGAUGGGACUUGGGUUUCACCAAACUCAGGCCCUGUUUUCUUCCCAAGCACCAAGGGAAUUUCUAUUCCUCCAGGACUUGGUUUUCGCAUUCUGGACUCAAGUGCCACCACUAAUGAAGACCGUUACGCCUUUUUCUCAAGCAUGGGAGUCAAUGAGAUUGCAGUUCACCUAGCACGAGAAGCAGCCUUUGAAAGGAAUUCCUCAGUGUUUGGGCACCCAAACAUAGCUAAAUCAAAAGAGCACUUGGUCUUUUUGUACCGGACCCACCAAUUCAGGACCGGUGGUGAGAAGAACAAAGCCAUGCAUAUAUUUUCUGAAGAUGGUCAUCUAAGAAGGACAAGCCAGCAAGAUUGUUAUAUCCCAUCAAACAAUCCGUAUGGCCCAAAGCUUCUCCUGGGACCCACGGAUAGCCUGCCCGGCAUGACAGUGCCUUUUGUUCAUCCGAGUUACCUCGAGGACACCCCAGAAACACCCAGUGCUAUACAUUCCUCGUGGAUUCAGUGGUUGCAAACGAGUGUCGGCGUACGGAAAACCCUGAGGCUUAUCGCCAAGGAUGGUCAGAGUCUCUCUUCCACCUGGGACUACCUGUAUAAACACCGACCACAGAAGCUGCUUGGGUUUUUGAGACAUGCCUGGGGAGAUGAAGGUGGACUCAUAAAUGAAAACGAGUCAUUGAGGCAAGCUCUUCGAGAAACAGAUGCCAGCCGGCUCUGUGACGUCGACCUCCCAGGAGAAUGUCGGCUUCAUGAGGCAUACCUUCCAUUUCCGAAUCUUACCCAUCAAUGCGCGCAGUUUGUAGACAACGAGGCUGUCUUUCCAUUCUUACACUUGGAGGGAGAUUCAACCGUGGAGCAACUAAGUUCAAAUUGGCUUUUCCUUCACACCUCUCUUGGUGUGAAAAAAGACGAAGAUCUUGACUUUUUACUCGACAUCUUGAAGUGGUUGAAAACUUCAAACCCUGAUGCAAGUCGUAUCAGUGACUUUGAGCAUAUUUUCAGCCUCUAUAGUGCCAUACAUUCCAAGUUAAUUGGCACCAGAGACAAAGUGGAGUUGAGAGAGCGCAUCAGGUCAUUUUUUCAAAGUGAUUCCUACAUAUUUGUUCCCCAAUUUGCUGAGGCUAGCAUCUCGAGUGCAACCUGGACCAAACCCGAGCUUUGUCUCUGGCGAGCACCCCAGAAUUUAAUCAGCAGAUAUCCAAUUGAGCCAAUUUACCAGCAUUUUGUCGCUGAUGAGACCCAACUAUCAUAUAUUUCGACCCUUUUUACCCAGACCCUCGGAAUCAACUCGGCAUCUUGGUCUAAUUUGACCAUUGAAUUGGCCGUACUCAGAGAGUCUCAAACCCAGGAUUUCGUCUCAAUAUUUGAUGUCUAUAAAUACCUCCGUGAGAUGAAUGUUUUUCUUUUCGUCGAAGAUCUCAGACGUGAAUUUCGCGAGAAUGCGCUGAUCUUUGUAACCAGCAAUUCACAGAAUGGCUGGUACAAAUCUUCCGAGUGUUUAUGGUCGAGCACCACAGACAUACGCGGACGGGUUACACUCAAUGAGGAUUAUGAGGAAUUGAAGGAAUUUUUCAUUGACACCCUAGGGGUUCAAACGCUCACUCUUCAGAUGGCGUAUGACGAUCUCCUAGAAGCCAGCUCCGAAGCAACGAUGGAUGAGAUCAUAUCUAAGAUUUGGUGUCUCAAUGCAUUACUGCCCACAGAUGAUACUUAUGUGGACCCGAGGCCCCUGCUACAAAAGCCGAUUUUUCCUGUUCUCUACCCCGAUGGCUCAAGAGCUCUUCGUUCUACAGAUACCCGGUUUGCAAUUGCCGAUCGAGAACACUUGGCAUCACGAUUCCGAGGAAAGAUCAAAAUGCUUGACUUUACCCAGGAGGAAGUUCGUAGCCUGAAAGUCUUCUUCGACUGGGCCAACCUUUCACAUUGCUACCUCUCUGCUUCCGUCAGGGAGCUAACAUCUAUCGCUGGCGACACGACACCUUGCAAUCCAUCUCCCACGCGUGAUUUAAAACGUAAAGCGUAUGCUAUUCUUCGUGUAGCGGGCACAUUCAAAAGCCCUAGGUAUCAUGCAGACAGACUGGACCUUUACAGACUACUUCGGACGGUUAGCAUUGAAGUUGCGGAAAAUAUUGUCACCCUUCUGCGGAUUACUCAGGGUGGUAGGUCAGUGGACGUGGAAGAAACGGUUGCAAAGCUACACAUUUCAGAACAGGCAUCUCUUCUUUCUAUCUACCUUCCUAGGGACAGAAAGGCCCAGGAACUUUGCUAUUGUGAUCUUCUGCCAAGAAAGAUUGUUGACUGGCUCAUGAGGGAUCCUGUCACACAAAUCCUUGAACCUAUCGACGCCGAUAUGGUGAAAGUAAUGAUCAUGAUUUGCAGCAUCCACCCUUCCGCUGCAAAUCUCAUUUUAGAUCGUGAGGGUGUGGCUGAAAUUGACAUCACGAACGAGGACAUUGGAGUCGAGGAUGACAUCCAUUCCGAGACCUCGGAGUGUUCUGAGAUAAGCAGCAAUGAAGAUCCUAGACAGCUCACGAGCGCAGACACUUCGAUUCCUAUCCAAAAUGUCCAUGAGGCCCGACUCACUGCCAGACAAACCUCAACGGCAUCUAAUCCGCCUAGCCCCGAUUAUAAUCGGCCAGUACCCAUUUCCUUGUUCAACAGUCAUUUGCCAGAGAACAAUAUGCAGUAUCAGCAUCUGCUAGAUCAUGUGAUUCGAUUCGCACGGCGAGCCUCAUUUCCUUCAAAUGGGGCAUUCAAUAUGUCCCAGCUGAACCGAACGUUGCCAGGGAAUGAAGAGACUGGUCAAUACGAAGGAUUCGAUGGCCCCCAAGUUAGGAAUGCUUUUCGCUCCAACAGCCAGCUUGAAAGAGACAAAAAAGUUGGAGCUGCGGGGGAACUUUACGCGUUUGAGCUGCUCUGCGGGAUAGACCCGUCACUAACAGGCUGGAGUGAUCGAAAUUGGCAAAGCACAAUUCGUCAUUACGUGACAAUUCACCCCGACUAUGCAACGAUGGUUCCUUGGUACGGAAGAGAGACAGCAGACAUCGUUUAUGAUGACACGGAGGGUGCUUUUACAUCGUUGCUUAUCGAUCAUGGAUAUCUUGAAGCCGAUGAAUGGGAGGAUAGGAGGCCAAAAUAUUUCAUCGAAAUCAAGACUACGACAGGGCCAUUGUGCACUCCUUUCUAUAUGAGCAAGCGUCAGUUUGAGCGGAUGAGUGCGAUGCACGACAGAGGCGAUUAUUCCGAAGUAUACUUGAUUUUCCGCGUCUUUGACAUACAUGGACCCAAUAUUGGGAUGUGUGUAUACUUCGACCCGGAACAGCUCAGGCUGGAUGGGGGGCUGCUGUUUACUGGUGAGACAUGGUCAGUUAUUCCUGGAUAG